AUGCCCAACAUCACUGCUAGGAUUCAAUUCAUCCUCCUUGGGUUUUCCGACAGUUUGGAAGUGCAGCUCCUCUUUUUUGUGCUCUUCCUAUCCAUCUACCUGUUGACCCUUCUUGGCAACGUCCUCAUACUCCUUGUUGUCCAUUCCAACCCCCAGCUCCAUUCUCCCAUGUACUAUUUCCUCUGUGAGCUCUCUCUCUUGGACGUGUUGUAUUCCAGUGUUACCAUGCCUAAGAUGCUGACUGGCUUCCUGACGGGUUCCCGAGCCAUUUCCUUUGAGGGCUGUGUAGCUCAGCUCUAUUCCUUCCACUUCUUCGGAGGCACCGAGUGUUUCCUGCUCACCGUCAUGGCGUAUGACCGGUACGUGGCCAUAUGUAACCCCCUUCACUAUGCUGGGAUCAUGAGCAGGGUAGCUUGUGUCAGGCUAGUAGCUGCAACAUGUCUGGUCGGCUCACUCCAUUCCAUUCUUCAGACUGUGUUAACCUUCCGCCUCCCUUAUUGUGGACCUUACCAACUCGACCACUAUUUCUGCGAUGUUCCACCCUUACUAAAGGUGGCCUGUGCAGAAACCUCUCUUAACCAGACUGUUGUGGUGGUCAAUAUUGGCGUCGUGGCGUUGAGCAGUUUCACUAUGAUCCUUGGUUCCUACAUCCGCAUCGUCGCUGUGAUUCUCAAGAUGCGCUCUGAGGAUGGAAGGAGGAAAGCCUUCUCCACCUGUGUUUCACAUCUCAUAGUGGUCAUCCUCCUCUACGGCCCUUGCAUUCUGAUUUACAUGCAACCAACAACCAGCCACCCAAUGCUGAAAACCGUGGCUCUCUUUUACACGUCUGUAACACCUGCCCUGAACCCCAUCAUCUAUGCCUUCCGGAAUGAAGAAAUCAAGAAGGCUGUGAAGAAAUUGGCUUUCAGUAAGAUAUUUUCUUGA